CUCCCCUGUGUUGACAGUGUGUUGCAGGGUUAGCCGCUAGCUGUUAGCUUGCUCAUUUCAGACUUUGAGCCCAUACUGACUCUUUUCAUGGCCUGGCAUGGAGUCUUGACAUUUCCACAGCUUUCAGGCUGAAUGGAGACGAGUAAAGGCAGCGUCUCCUCCCAGCAGGCGGCGGGACAGACUGUGACCUCGCUGUAACACACACACACACACACACACACACACACACACACACACACACGCCCUGCAGGCUCCCUGGAGACACAUGCAGGUAGACCCGGGCCGCGUGUUCCUCCAUCGCUCACCGAUCAGGACCGAGCGUGAGACGAGGAGGUGAGGAAGAGAAAGCCGCCGUUGGCGUGAAGACGUGUGUCCGAUGGGAGGAGGAGCCACCAGGCUGUACAGCAGCAGCAGCAGCAGCAGCAGUGCCUCCCCCCUCCCCCUCCCCCCGCCUCACCUGGACCCCCACCAGCCGCCACACCCCAACCUGGACCCUGAUUUCUGCAAAGCGGUGUGCUCCCCGGACCCGGCGGAGCUGCUGCGGCAGUGCGAGGAGGCCCUGAGGGGCCGGCCGCCCCGCUUCCACAGGAAGCUGGUCCGCCUGGGCGAUGGAGGCGGCGCCCCCAGCAGCCCCAUCAGGGUGAUGCAGUGGAACAUCCUGGCACAAGCUCUCGGUGAAGGACUGGACGGGUUCGUCCGGUGUCCCCCGGAGGCCCUCAGCUGGUCCCGCAGGAAGUACCUGAUCCUGGAGGAGCUGCUGACGUACCGGCCGGCCGUGGCCUGCCUGCAGGAGGUGGACCACUUCCCCGACACCCUGCAGCCGGUGCUGUCCGGCCUGGGCUACGCCUGCCACUUCUGCCCCAAGCCCUGGUCCCCCUGCCUGGACGUGGAGGGCAACAACGGCCCCGACGGCUGCGCGCUCUUCUUCGACCGCUCCCGCUUCGAGCUGCUGGACAGCGCCAACGUCCGCCUGUCGGCCAUGAGGAUCCCCACCAAUCAGGUUGCCGUGGUGACCACGCUGCGCUGCCGGAGCUCGGGGCGGGUCGUGUGCGUGGCGGUGACCCACCUGAAGGCUCGCUCUGGCUGGGAGUGGCUGCGCAGCGCUCAGGGCUCGGACCUCCUCCGGCACCUCCAGAGCCUGCCCCCCAAGACGGCGGCGGACCCCGACGUGCCCCUCAUCGUGUGCGGGGACUUCAACGCCGUCCCCACCGAGGAGGUGUACCGGCGCUUCGCCGCGUCGCCGCUGCGCCUGGACUCGGCCUACAAGAAGCUGAGCUCGGACGGCUCCAGCGAGCCGGACUACACCACGUGGAAGAUCCGGCCCACGGGCGAGUGCCGCAGCACUCUGGACUACAUCUGGUACAGCCGGGACUCGCUGAGGGUGGACGCCGUCCUGGACCUGCCCACCGAGGAGCAGAUCGGCCCGAACCGCCUCCCGUCCUUCAGCUACCCGUCCGACCACCUGUCUCUGGUCUGCGACUUCAGCUUCAAGGACUGAGGACGGGGCGGGGGACCCCCGACAGCGGCUACCUCCUCUGAAGCUCUGGCCAGGGUCACUGGUUACCGUGGUGACGGCCCAACCUCCAAAACACUGUGCCAAGGUCACUGGUUGCCAUGGUGACCGUCCAACCUCCUCCAAAACACUGACUGGGUUCACUGGUUACCGUGGUGAUGGUCCGACCUCCAAAACAAAAACCAGGGUCAGUGGUAACCAUGGUGAUAGUCUGAUCUCAAACACAAAUCAGGGUCUCUGGUUACCAUGGUAAUGGUCCGACUUCCAAAACACUGACCAGGGUCAGUGGUCAGUUACCAUGGCGACUGUCCGAAUUUCAUUCUUCCAUUUGUACUUAAAAAAAAAGUGAAUAAAGUGUUUUGGAUUGUUUUUACUUUCUCACCGUUAUUCACCCGAUUUGAGGGACGUUUUUUCUUUCAAUAUCAACUUUCUCAAUCUUUUCAACCAUUUGUUUGUUUUUUUUUAAAUAUUUGAUGCAUUUUUAAAUGUUUGCAGGCGGAUUACCAGUCAGUGAUCAACAUUUGUUUUUACAUUUUAUGAGUGCAUUUGAACACACCGGGUUCACACUUCCAUUUAAAACCCCUAAUCAGGCAUUGAGCAUGUGGCAUCUUUAAUUUAUUCUUGGGAGUUUAUUACCUAAGUGUGUUUUGAGAUUUGUUCUUUGCCAUUUGUAAAAUACGAUGUGUAAAACAAUAUAAAAUUCAGUUUUAUCA